AAAAUGUCUUCACUACAGUCUCUGGGAGAGUUGAUCAGCUAAAGCGACUAACUGCUGCUGCUGCAGAAAUCUUCUCACCAGGCUGUGGAAACUUUCUUCUCCUCCUCAACAACUUGGUGGAGUUCUUUCCAGAACCAGAGAAGAUAUUCUGCGGUCUUCGUGACAAUCGGAGCUCCAGAAUCAGGUUGUAAAUGCAGUUUAAGUAACUUUUUUGUUCAAAGUUUCACCACAAGAUGGCACUGUGAUUUUGUGAUUGCCCUAGUAAGUUUAUUUAACAUGUUUAUUGAAAGUAUUAUUUUUCAUGUUUUUCAAUACAUUUUGUAGCAUUUACAGGUGCACAGAAUUAAUACUUUUUGAUAUUUGAGUAAUUUUGAAUUGGUUUAUUUUGAUAAGGCAUGUUUAAGAGCGCUGUGACGUCACUUCCUGUAUCUCGAAGCUUCGGAGAUUUUAUUGCUGCGCACGGACAAAUGUGUGCCAGUUAAGAACAUUUGAGAAGAAGGUAAAGUGUUUUCAAGUCUACCGGUUUGUCUACUAGCAGGCCAAAGUGGUAUGUUUAUUCUUUAUUUACAAAUUCUGUAUGUUAGCCAACUUAAGGCAACUAACUUGUUAAUUUGUACAUGAUUUAUGCUUUUUCAUUAGUUCUACGGUGUUCAUGUGGUGUAAAGAGUAAGAAGACGCAAGACCGCAUUAAACAUCAGUAAAAGGAACGCUCGUGUCUCUCGUGUAUGUGAACAAGCCGGCACACAGGUUGUGGAUUGAAGAGGUUCCCUCUAUCAGACUCGCUCAUCUGAGUUGGUCAUGAUGCAGGAUCGCUGCUCGCUCUCUGAUCCAUCCUGCUCACACUCUCCGACGGAAAAGCCCCGAAUCUGAAUGUGACUCUGGAGGAAAAAGCGGUUAGCUCUACUCCGUGAACUCAGCUGUUAGCUAAACACGGCUAAAGAAAACCUGCUACCACUUCAGGAUCAUCCAUCAGCUGGGACUGAUUCAUCGUGUGUUCUUCACCACCUGGACCUGGACAGCAUGGACACAGGUUUUCAACUGGUGGUUCUGGUUAAAUAAGAAGCUUCAGAAAAACUAAGUGCUCGUGUCAACCACCAGCACCUAGAUUUCCUCCAUGAAAAGGAGGAACAGAAGAACCUCUGGUCUAAUAUGGAGGGAGAGCAACUCCAUUUGAAUAAGGAGACUGAUGCUGCCAGGUUUCAAUCCUUUAGCCAUAAAACACAUUUAAACAAACACACGAGAGUCCACACAAAGCAGAAACAUUUUGCCUGUGAGCACUGUGGACAAAGAUUUAACCAAAAGACUCAUUUAAACAGACACAUGAGUGUCCACACAGGACGGAAGCCUUUUGCUUGUGAGCUCUGUGAAAAGAGAUUUAGCCUAAACUCAACUUUAAACAGACACAUGAGAGUCCACACAGGACAGAAGCCUUUUCCGUGUGACCUCUGUGGAAGAAGAUUUAGCCUGAAGUCAACUUUAAACAGUCACAUGAUAGUCCACACAGGACAGAAGCCUUUUCCAUGUGACCUCUGUGGAAAAAGAUUUAGCCUGAAGUCAACUUUAAACCGUCACAUGAGAGUCCACACAAGACAGAAGCCUUUUGCCUGUGAGCUCUGUGGAAAAAGAUUUAGCGUAAAGUCAACUUUAAACAGUCACAUGAGAGUCCACACAGGACAGAAGCCUUUCGCCUGUGAGCUCUGUGGAAAAAGAUUUAGCCAAAAGUCAACUUUAAACUGUCACAUGAGAGUCCACACAGGACAGAAGCCUUUCACCUGUGAGCUCUGUGAAAAGAGAUUUGGCCUAAAAGCCCAUUUAAAUAGUCACAUGAGUGUCCACACAGGACAGAAGCCUAUUGCUUGUGAGCUCUGUGAAAAGAGAUUUAGCCUAAAGUCAACUUUAAAUAGGCACAUGAGUAUCCACACAGGACAGAAGCCUUUUGUUUGUGAGCUCUGUGAAAAGAGAUUUAUCCAAAAGUCAAAUUUAAACAGACACAUGAGAGUCCACACGGGACAGAAACCUUUUCCUUGUGACCUCUGUGGUAGAAGAUUUAGCGUGAAGUCAACUUUAAACAGUCACAUGAGAGUCCACACAGGACAGAAGCCUUUUCCGUGUGACCUCUGUGGAAAAAGAUUUAGCCUGAAGUCAACUUUGAACAGUCACAUGAGAGUCCACACAAGACAGAAGCCUUUUGCCUGUGAGCUCUGUGGAAAAAGAUUUAGCGGAAAGUCAACUUUAAACAGUCACUUGAGAGUCCACACAGGACAGAAGCCUUUUUCAUGUGACCUCUGUGGAAAAAGAUUUAGCCAAAAGUCAACUUUAAACAGUCACAGGAGUGUCCACACAGGACGGAAGCCUUUCGCCUGUGAGCUCUGUGAAAAGAGAUUUGGCCUAAAGGCCCAUUUAAAUAGACACAUGAGUGUCCACACAGGACAGAAGCCUUUUCCGUGUGACCUAUGUGGAAAAAGAUUUAGCCAAAAGUCAACUUUAAACACUCACACGAGAGUCCACACAGGACAGAAGCCUGAAUUAGAAACAUCCUUCAGACCAGAGCAUCAUGAGCUGAAAGCCAACAUGCUGUCUUGUGUUUUACAAUCUGUCGGGCUCAUUGAUCAUGUUUCAGUGGAAUGCUAUGUUCACGUACCAUCUAAGAAGGUAAGGAGGAACUUCCAAAGGCUGAUCUGUAGAAGUGUGUUGUCUCGUCACCGAGGAGAAUCAGAAGCUGUCUCGGCACCAGAGUCUGAACAUCAGCUAGCUCUGAAGUCUGGGGAACAGAACUUGGUGUCAGUUGUCCUGUUGGGAGAAACUAUUCAUGUGCAUGACGAGUGA